CGUGCGUAAUUUGCAGCCGCGGUCCUCUCCGAUGGCGUUCGAGAAGGGCGCCGUGGAAGGCUGCUUCAGAGCCACUUCCUUCCUCCGCUCGGACGCCAACAUGCACUGGGGAGAUUAUAAAUGCGAGCCAAGCGUUUCUCCCAACAAACAGGGACGCACGAGCACUUGAAGUGUUGGAAUAUGAAGGAUGCCGCGGGGUUGCUCGUUGCCGCGCUGGCCGUCCUGGCGGGGAGCCUCGCUGAAACGGCCCCGGACGGCGGCCACUGCGUCGGGAGCCAGUGCUUCGCCGUCUUCCGCCACUCCGCGGACUUCGCAAGCGCGCAGGAUCGUUGCAAAGAGCGAAGUGGGCUUUUAACCGCCGUGCGCUCGUCUGCGUCGCACGAUGCCCUCGCCGCACUUUUAGUAAACUUUUCGGGUCGCUUCUGGAUCGGUUUGCAGCGUUUCACCGACUGCCCGAAUGCGACAUCUCGUCUCAAAGGCUACGAGUGGGCGACGAAGGACGACCAGAGCGAUUUCUCCAACUGGGCCCCCACCUUCGACGGCAGCUGCUCCUCUCCGCGCUGCGUCACCGUAUCCGGCGAGGACGCGCUCCGGUGGGCGCAGGAGCCGUGUGACGCGCGCGUCGACGGCUUCCUGUGCCAGUACCACUUCAAAUACGCGUGCCCGAGUCUAGACCGGGACCCGGAGGAGACCGUGGUGUACAGCACCCCCUUGGGAUUCGGCGGGCGGGACCUGCUGUCCCUGCCGCCCGGGAGCGUCGCCACGUCGACGCCGAGCGAGCUCAAGUUCGUGUGCUCCGAAAAGUGGCUGCGGGCUCCGUGGAGCUGCGAGAUCCUUGAGGGAGGCUGCGAGCACAAAUGCGCCGUGGGUGCCGACCACGAGCCGUCGUGCUCCUGCCCGCCCGGCCUCUCCGUCAGCCCGGUCAACCAGGUCACGUGCGAGGUGAGCCCGGGCGACCCGUGCGCGCGUCUGCGUUGCGAGCACGCGUGUCUCGCGGGCGACGACGGCGCGCGCUCCUGCGCCUGCGACCGCGGCUUCAAAGUGGCUCCCGACGGGAGGUCCUGCGUGGACUUCGACGACUGCUCGGACGAGCGCCAGUGUCCCGGGGAGAACUUCCGGUGCGUCAACACGGCGGGCGGCUUCGAGUGCGACUGCCGGGUCGGAUUCCGGAUGACGGCCGGCCUGUGCGUGGAUCGCGACGAGUGCGCGUCCGCCCCGUGCGAGCACAUGUGCGACAACGCGCCCGGCAGCUACAAAUGCUCCUGCUACGACGGCUAUCGAGUGGACCCCCGCAACCCGAACAAGUGUGAGCUGCACUGCGGCGAGCGGGAGUGCGUGGCGCAGUGCGACCCCAACGACCAACGCCAGUGCUACUGCCCCAGCGGUUACAUCUCAGAGGAGAGGGACGACCACACCGCCUGCAUCGACAUCGACGAAUGCGCCCACUCUUACUGCGAACACGGCUGCGACAACGCUUACGGCGGCUACGUUUGCUCCUGUCCGAAAGGUUUCACUCUGGUCAAAGAGGUGUUUUGCGUGAAAAACGAGGAUGAAGACGAAGAGGCGGAGGGCUCGGGGGAGGACGCGACGACUCCGAGCACCCCCGCGGUGACGCCGCGCGAGGUCGCCCCGACACGGCGGCCCUCGGCAGUGACAGCGGGCGGCUUGGUGGCCAUCAUCGCGUGCUGCGUCUUUUUUAUUGCGGUGGUGGUCUUUUUGGCUCAGCACGUCCUAAGCAAAAGGGCGAAGGUGGAGGGAGAGGUGACGUUUAAAGCCCCGGAGAGAGGAGAAAGCCCCAGUCGGCACGGGAUGGGGAGUGACGCUUAAUUUAAAAUAAAAUAAAAUAAAAAAGCCCUCUGAAUCGACUCAAUUCAAACAUGUACAUCGGUUGCACAUGAUUAAGUGUGUUAAACAAACAAAAAUGAAGUACUUUUUGCAGUGUAUAUGAAAGAAGGCUCCGAAAUGAUGCAAAGCGGAGCCCACCUUCCCGCUGGAGGUCAGCGUGGGCAUGGGCGUGUCCGCUCAGUGCGCUUGGAAACACACGAGGAAGGGGGGAAAAAAAAGAAAAGUGCUGACAUUUCGGUUGCACGUGAUUGAAAUGUGUCUUGGAGAAAAGAGUAAAAUGCCACAGCCAACAAAACGCAACAAAUGGGGGGGGGGGGGGCAGUACUAACCCACAAUAUUUUUUCUACACGAAGGUUGGCUUCAUCUGCAGCAAAUGCAAUGUAACACAAAAAUGAGCAAAAGAACUGGUUUUGUGCUGAAAAGCUAAUAACCUAUACACCCACUAUCAAGUUUUAUUAUUAUUUUAUUUCCCCCCCCCCCCACUCCCUGCUCAAGUCACUUUCAGGCUGAUUGCGCCACCAACUGGAGAAAUGGUUGUACUGUAACUGAAACAAAUUAUUAGCAGUGUUCCCCGGCUUCUGUCGAGCAAAGGCACAUCUUUUACUUUCAGAACAAUCGCGCGGGACACCACCCAAAAAAAAAAAAAAAAAUUUUUAAUGUCACUAUCUAAAUUAUGAUUAUCUCGUUUCAAUUGACCAAUGUAUUCACUCCGUGUGAACUGUGAGCUCGUUUAAUUGAACGCAAAGCUUACAGGAAGGCAUGACUAUUUAUUCUGUUUUAUACAGUAAAUAAUAAGCACAAGGUGAAUAAGUUUAAAUGUACUUUCUGCCAUUUAUUGUUCCUAUCCGUACAUCGCUGUAUGAGCGAAGAUGCAUUAUUUGUAGUUAUAUAAUAAAUGGUUUGUUGCAUCAA